CUUUUUUCGUCUGUUUAUUUACAUUUCAUUGUGGUCUAGUGGAAUAAUGCAUUACUGCAUUUGUUUUUAUCUGUAAGAAGUUACAUUAAUUUGAAUUUGAAAAAAGAUGAAAACAUUAAAAGCUAUUAUUAUUUCAGCAUUUAACAUGCAUGGCUACACUUUAAGAAGUGAUGCAUUGAAGUUUUUGCAAGAACAGUUAGAAUCUUUAUCUCCAUCUGAACAGCAAGCAGAUAUAGAUAAAAUAUUAAACCACAUUGUAGGGCAGAAUCUUGUGAGCCCUUUAAUUGAAAAAUCAAUUGUGGAAACAGCUUUUAAAAGUCUUCACUCUUCUGCAAUAGAUAAUAGCGUAUUAUUCAAUGUUUGUGACGCUUUUUCCUUAAUUCGUUUUACUUUUAAUGCUGAUUUUAAGAAAUUUAUGUCUUGGGGCUCUCUUCAUGACAAACCUGCUACAUUGCAUGGACAUGCAAAUUCAAAAGCUGAUAUGCUUAUUGAAAGAUAUCGAACAGUUCAUCAAAGAACAGCUCGUCAUAGACUAUUUGCUGCUCCAGCAAUUUCAAGUGAUAUGAGCCAGUCCUGUACUUAUUCACUUAGAGCUAUUGAACAUUUACUUGGUUCCUCUUCAAAAGAAGAAAAUGUUAUUGUUUUAGGAAUUUUAACACAAUUGAAAGAGGGUCAGUUCUUCUUGGAAGAUCCUACAGGGGUUGUGAGAGUAAAUCUUAAGCAAGCAGUAUAUAAAGGUGGAUUAUUCACAGAAAAUAAUAUAGUUUUAGCUGAAGGGUUUUACGAAGAUAAAAUCUUUUAUAUCACAGCUAUUGGAUUUCCACCCCCAGAACCUGCAGAUAUAACACUAUCACAUUUCCCAAAUUUAUGUGUAACUCCUUAUUCUUCAAUGAAUUCCCACCGUUUAUCAGCAAAUCUUAAGCAUGCUGAAGAGGCUAAUACAGAUGCAAUGUUUGUCUUUUUAUCUGAUGUAUGGUUAGACCAGUUACAGGUAAUGCAGAAAUUGCAUAUUUUAUUUGCUGGAUAUUCUCUCAUGCCACCUACCUGUUUUGUUUUUAUUGGGAACUUUUUAUCACUUCCCAUUAUUGGUUCACAAAGUAAAACUUUUGAAGAUUGUUUUUCUCAACUUGGUACCAUGAUCAGUGAAUUUCCCACAUUAAUGGAAAAUUCACAGUUUAUCUUUGUUCCAGGCCCUAAUGAUCCUGGCCUUCCCCAUAUUUUACCUAGACCUAGUAUCCCACCAAGCUUUCUUGGGGACUUCAAGAAAAAGGUUCCUAAAGCUAUUUUUACAUCAAAUCCCUGUCACAUUCAAUACUGUACUCAGGAUAUAGUAGUUUUCCGGGAAGAUGUCAUCUCAAAAAUGUGUCGCAAUAGUAUUUAUACUCCUUGGGAGCAUGAAGAGAAAGUUGAUAUACCUAAUCUGUUUGUAAAGACAGUUAUUGCCAAUGGACAUCUUUUACCUCUGCCAUUGAAUGUUGCACCUGUAUACUGGGAAUAUGAUCAUGCUCUAUCUUUGUAUCCCCUUCCAGAUGUGGUUGUCUGUGCAGAUAAAUAUGAUCCUUAUACAGUAACAAGUUCUAACAGUAUAUUUUUCAAUCCUGGUUCUCUGCCUCGUUCAAAUUUUUCAUUUAAAGUCUAUUUUCCAUCUGCAAAGCAAGUUGAAGACAGUGAAAUUACUGAUGAGCAAUAGUGUUAUUAUUCUACUUUGUAUAUUUUCCAUAAU